CUACCGAUCACGCGUUGAACACGAAUCAACCACUGUUUACGAUUACUUUGUAGCUUCGUUAGAUACACUUUAGGUAAGAAACUUUGGUGGACAGAAACCACAGAAGAUAUUGGGUAGCCCUUGUAAAAUCGCUGUGGGUGCUUCGACAUGUGGCGCGAGUAGACGAGACCAAAGGUUUAAAUAAUACUUCGAGCUGUUAAUCUAUAUAGAUCUUUAGCCAUGACCAAACAUGAUUUUUCCGUGGGUUUUGUGCUGAUGUUGCUGAUUUGUGAUUCGAUUUUUUCACUGGCGGUUUAUCAGUAAAAACGAAGAUGAAAAGAAAGUGACGUUUUUGGGUAUGUUUUAUGUGUUUUGUGUGUGAUGUAGGUUAGUGAUUGAAAUUAAACUGUUUUGUUAACGACAGGUAAAAACUUGACAUUAUAUUCAGUAUAGUUUUUCGCUUCGUUUAUAGUAGAUACUCCAUUAGCAGUGCAAAAAUCUCUUGUGUAUAAAUAAACCAUAUUGCAGCUCGGUGAAGAUAUCGAUACCGUACCAGUGAUCUAGGCAAACGUAUUUUGUGUUUGCUUACGAAGCUUCAGUUUUUCCGUAAUGGAAAAACAACGAAGCGAUGUUAUUUCCUCCAUCAGAGGCUGCCUGAUAUCCACCAAAGGAAAAAUUCCUUUAAGACAACUGGAAAAGGACUACAGAACAUUGAUAGGUGAACGAAUUCCAUACCAGAAAGUAGGUUUCAAGAGUUUAACAGAUUUCAUAGAUUCAGUGCCGACUUUAGUUCUUUCAGAGCAGAAUGGGGAAUUGUAUGUUGAUGCUAAAAUUAAUUCAAAAUCGGCUCACAUAUCCGAAAUGGUGUGUAAACAGAAGACUGGAAAGAAUAAAGUGUUUAGGAAUAGUGUUCCGCCCCCACGAUUCAGUUCUCUGCCUCCGAGAAACUGGCGGCCGAAAUACGUCCAAAAGAACACCAGUUACCAAACCACAUCUCGACCAAAGGCUGUGUCUCACAAUCAAUUCGUCGAUCGGAGUAGCUACAGUGCUCCGUCUGUCCCGUCGAAAAUUGUCAUUCCUGAAUCGUCUAGCUUUGGUAAGACUGUAAAGAAAACGGAUCUGAGCAAUAGGUUGCUUCCGAAACCUGAGUCCACUUCCUCGGCGCAAAACAACUAUACCAACCGACAUGCUCCGGCCCAAAACGGUACCAGUAAAAAGGAUAACCACGAAGUAUCCAACCACAACUCUAAUACAAAUAGGGUGCUUAGACGGGUAGAAUUCAACAUUCCGUCCUCAAGUCAAAACGAAUCAACCAGUACGAGCGCUAGGGCGCAAUCUCAGACUAAACCUGAAAUAAACUCGACGCCGAAUGGCUUUACAAGCACCAGGAUGAACAUUUGUCAGAAGAUGUCUGAGAUCAACUUGGAUAGGGAUAGUGGGAACAGCAGUCCGAUCAGCGAGUUCGGUCAACAUAUCGCGAAUGGGGGGAAUACUUCCCCUCUGAAAAUGGCGGGAGCUUUUAGCCCGAACAUUGCUCUGGUGGAUAGGAUUAUUGCGCCUAAGGUAACUGUGCAACCGACAAGCACUGGAAACCCCAUGACAGACUUGAGGAACUUUGCGGAAUUUCACAAAAUGGGCGAGGUAGAAUCAACCAGCAAACGAGUUAAGACUAAACAAAAUCACUUUUGGUCAAGCAAAAUAAAGAUUGGCAAGCACACGUAUGCGAGUUAUCCGGAAGAGUUUGCUGAUGCCGCGUCUGCAGAAAAGCACUGCGCUAAAGAAGCACUCAAAGAUCUGGAAAGUAAAUACGGCAGACGUAAAUCUUUGCUUUUGUCUGGUCAAAAGGAGAUUUUGGAAAGGAUACCGCCUAUGCUAGAGAAACACAAUAAUGGUAUUUGGGUGUGGCAACUUCAAGAAGACUAUACGGACAAAUACAAUGAGCAGUUGCCCUCUGAUUGGUUGAAAAUCAUCGAUAGUAGCCCUGGUAUCCAGGUGGAAAAAUUCCAAAGCAGCUAUAUCAUCAAACAUUGCAGACCUGAGGAUAUAUUGCAGAAGGGCGGUAUGCGAGGCACUUUCAUGCACAUAAGCAACGUUUCUGUACCAUCCAAUACGGUGCAACUUAGUGCUGAUGGGUCAGUGCAAGGGGAAGUCACUUGCGUCAUGGCAGCCAAUGAGGUGUGGUGCAGGCAAUGUAAUACUGAGGAAAGUAAUCAACACAUAGAAGCAAUGGGUAGGAUGGAGUUAUAUUACGCUCGUAAUCACGCGUCUCUGAAACCAGAUAACAUUACGAAAAAUUGCUAUUACGCAGCAGAAUACGAAGGAACCUGGUUUAGAGUUCGAGUUUUGGAAACCAACGAGACUGAAGUUAUGUGCUUCUUGAUCGAUUUCGGAGAAGAAAUUGCGAUACCAAGGAAGAACAUUUACCAGCUGAAGAGAGAGUUCGCGACUUCACAGGCACAGGCGUUUGUAUGUCGUCUCAUCGGACUGGAAGUAUUAUAUGAGUUUUCACUAAAUUCCGAAAUACUUCAUGAUAUGCUUUUAUAUAAGCAAGUACAGUUGGAGCUAGCACCAGAUACGGCUGUUGAGAAUGACCUUUGUCUACCUGUUUAUAUGUACGAUGUCGACGGUAAAUCGAUUAACGAACAGUUGAUUACUCUCUUAACGAUUGAAAGCGCCACACCUGCAAUUUCCAAGGACGGCGUCGCGACCCAGGUGUACGUCUCAAAUAUCGAAAGCAAUGGUGAUGUGUACGUGCAAGUGCAUUCUCAUGGUUUUGACGUGUUGCUGAACCGUCUUGAAGAGCUAGAAGCUGAGGUAAGGGCCAAUCCGCCCACCCACUUGGUCUCACCCGUCACGAAGGCGUAUAGCAAUGGUGUUACCUUCCUGGCGCAGUACAAGACAGACAGACACUGGUACCGAAUACAGGUCAUAGAUUGGUCACCCAAGGAAGAUCUGGCGCAGAUCUACUUCUUGGACUAUGGCAACACUGACGUAAUCAACGUUAACGAAGAAAUUAUGUAUCCAUUGCAUAAAUUGGAUGAUGUGCUGAAUCAGUAUCCUCCUCAAGCUGUCAGGGUGAGGAUGGAUCUUGAAACAAUUCCAGAUGAUUUUGUCGACCUGGCAACAAAAGCCAUGCCCAAUGACCAACCAGUUCUAAUCAGGCUUACUGGAAAAGAAGAAGAUAACCUGCCUUUGGCUGAAUUCUUCAGAAGGGAUCCUGACGGAGGCCUCUUCUGUGUCAAUAUGUCAAUAUCCAUGGAGGCAAAACUCAAGAAAGAAAACCAAAGUCCGAGAAAGAAAUUGCACAUUGAUGGCACAAAUGUUCCUUCCGGUGGCAAAUUGAGCUGUCCCGCAUUACCAGAGAUGGGCACAUACAUGAUGGUGCACGUCCCUUUUGCUGUAAAUCCCUACAAUUUUUUCGUACAGCCCUUCGAAUCGCAAGACAAGUUGAAUAAAAUGAUGGAAAAACUGCAGGAAAGGUACAAGGAUGUGGUUUACAGUCCGUUGCAGAUUGAUCAGAUCAUUCCUGGAAAUAUCUAUGCUUCGAAGUUUGAUGAUGGACAUUGGUACAGGACGACUGCUAUAAAAGUAAUCAAUUCAGGCUCUAUAUCAGUAUUUUACUGCGAUUUCGGUUAUUACUCAACCUUGACUGUACAACAGUUGAUUCCACUUGAUGUAGAAUUCAUGGAAUUGCCCUAUCAAGCAUUGAAAGCAAAACACGGCGGUAUUAAACCAAAACAAUCUAAAUGGACUAUGGACGACUGUGAUUAUUUCAAGCAACUAGUCGAGAAGAAAACCUUCUACUCCGUAUUGUUGAGCAAAGAAAAAGAUGAGUUAUACGACUCUGAUUUCGUACUAAGUUUAAUGUUGGUAGACACGUCUUCUACUGAGGAUAAACUUAUUACUAAGGAACUGAUUGAUAAAGGCGUUGCUGUUAAAGGUUGAGAUUAUUUUUAUUUAUUUGUAAGGGAGGGACACAUGUUUCGUUUACUAUAAAGUUUUUUGUUCAACUUUAUUAUUUGUUUUUUUUUUGUAUUCAGUGUUAGUUGAAUAUAUAGACGUUAAGGAUAUCUUGCUAUUUGCUUCUCGAUAUUGUAGAUCUACCGUGGAAAUAUUUAAUCAAUAGCUCAGAAUGUGGAGCUUCAACUGGGUGUCCACAGACUCAUUUUCACUCAUUACUUUCUCAGCUACUCACUUUUAUUCGUAUUUAUUUUCUGAAAUGCUGAUUUUUCUGAUUGUUGCUAAGAUGCUUGGGUCCCAUAAAGUCUUUCAAUAAAUCGAACAAUCGAUAUUUGCUGUACCCUUGGAUCUGGAAGCACUUUCGGAAGUGCUGCUGCCCCAUCUCCCCCGCUUCAAUUUUCAAUUGCCCGCAACAUAGCACAUGACCAGGAAAAAGCUUCCAAGCUAUUCAUUUUUCAUAGGAUUCCAUCGUCUGGACAAACCAAAUUCACAUACUCGUAUAUGUUUGGAUUUCCGUUUUUCUGCUUAUUGUGAACAAUACGUCGUACAAUAAAGAGAAAUAUGAACAUAUAUGUGGUUUGAUUGGCCAGAGAAUGGAGUCCUAUGCUUAUAAAAACCACGGGAUAAGUUUCAGUACUCAUUUUUUCAAAAUACCAAUUUUUUUUGUAGGGUUCUGGCCUGUGGUCACCCUGCAGCCUCAAUCAUAAAGGACGAAUAAAAUCCGUCUUCAAUACCGAGCCCAAGGUUAUGCCUUGCGGUUAUACACUUUUUAUUGCACGCUUUUUAGUAAAUUGCAUUUAUACAUAGACAACUGUACAUAGUCCGGGCAAUUUCUUCGCAUCUGAUGUCGAAAAUAUUCUAAUUAGGAUUUUUUUUCAUAAUCUCAAUAAAAAAGUCCCUUUUGAUUAAUCUGCAUGUUGUCAGGCUCAAAUUUGCGUUAAACAUUUUUUGAAUUCUCCUUUUGAAUUAGCUCCAAAAAUUUUUUUCUUUUCAGUCAGUGUUUUAAGGUUUUUUGGGAUGCCCUCAACAAAUAAGAUGCUUUAGAAAUCCUAUCCAAAGUUGAUAGUUUCCAAAAUAUAAACAAAGCAAUAUUGGAAAAAUUGCGAAAUAUGCCAUAUCCUACCACAAAAAUCAUAAUUGAAAAAGAAAAUUUUCAAUGUUACCUAUAUUCCUACAUAGUCUUCAAACAUUCAUUAACAAAAUCUCUAAGCAUUUCAGAAUCUAUUGUAAUUGUAAACCUUUGUUUUUUAAUUACUAGCCAAGCGCGCGUUCAGCGUAUCCUCUGGUUGACUAAAAAAUAAAUUUUUACUAUAAAAAUCCAUCCUAAAAUGCUUUGUGAUUUUGAUAUUGGACGUUUGAAGAAUAUUCAGGUAACGUUAAAAUUUUUGGUUUUUUAUUUGUUUUCCGCGAUCAAAAAUUGCAUAUUACGCACUUUUUCCAAUCUUGUGUCGCUUAUACCUUGAAAACUAUCAACUUUAGGGAAAUGUACUAAAGUAUCAUUUUUCAGAAUGUACCAAAAUACUUUGAUCGGAGCGAAAAACGAAAUGAAAUUUGUUUAAAGAUUAUUGACGCAAAUUUGGGCCUGGCAACAUGAAGUCUCUCUAAAAGGGGCCCUUUUAACCCUACGUUAGGCGCGUGGUAUUUUGUAAUGAGUUUAAUCGCGUGGUCUACAUAUGUAGACCAUUUUCUAAUGUCAUUAUGUGACACCUUAUGUCACAUGAUUUCAAAACAAUGUUGAAAAUACAUGUAUUCAUAGAUAUAUAGUUCAAAGUAAAUUAAAUUUUUAAAAGCAUUUACAUUUUUAGUUACUUGAGAAAAAAAAACAAAAAAUAUGUUUUUUAUCCCUUUAUUUGCUUCUGGUUAGCUUUGAACAACAACACAAAAUCUUAACGCGCUAAAAUUCAACCAAAAGUAAUUUUCUGAUAUUAGCAGAUAGCAACUUACAUUAAAAUACUAUUAACAAAAAAAAAACUCUGACAUUCAUUAGAAAAGUAAGGACAAAGUAAGAAUAAACAUGACAACGACCAACGUAGUUUUCUGGUUUUGGCGGUAGAGGAAGAGGGGCUACAAUAGCUUCAAGACCAAGAAGAGCACGUGCUCGUCUUCUUAGUUCUACCGGUAAAGAGGUGAUAAUUGACCUCGCCUCUAUCUGCGGCAAUUCCCAAGCAAAUUCCUCAAUAAAUGCACUUCUAAGGACUUUGUUUUCUAAGGGAUGAUUUGCUUUAUACACGCAAACGGCGUUUAUGCCCGAUAUAUUCAAUAGAUCGAAGAAUAUUACCAUAGGCCAACGGCAUGUGUUUCUUGCGACACUAUAAUUCACACAUAAUUGAUCCACCAAAUCAACACCAAUUUUAGUUUUAUUGUAUCGAGUUAUUAUAUCUGUUUUUUUUGCAUCCCCUGUUUCCGGAUCAAUGGCUUUAUCAUGAUGCAUGGAGGACACCAAAAUAACAGAUUUAUUUUUCUUUGGGCAGUAGGAUACCAUCGUAAUAUCUUUUUGAAAACCAAAGAAUGAUGUUUUCUCUUCUCUUUGUUUAUUAGGUAAGAACUCCACAGGGAUCUCACGCUUAUUCUUCCGCAUUGUACCAAUGUAUGUUAAUUUUUUUGCUGUAGCAAUUUUCUUGUCAACGGAAUGCUGCUGAACCAAUUAUCUCCGGUAAGAUUGCGAUUAGUUCCCUCUAUUGGUUGAACUAAUCGUAAUACAAUAUCUUCGGCAGAAUUGUUCAACUUAUACGGGCCAGCAGGUUGAGUACCAACGUAUGGUUCGAGAUAGAUUGAAAGUGUACAAAGUUUUAGCAUCAACCAGAGCGAACAUCUUUACUCCGUACUUCGCUGGUUUAUUGGGUAUAUACUGCUUGAAUGAGCAGCGCCCUCUAAAGGCCAACAAUUGUUCGUCAACAGUCAAGUAUCCACUAGGAAUGAAAUUGUUUUGAAAAUUAGCCAAGAAAAUUUAGAAAACAUUCCUAAUGGGUGCUAAUUUGUCCAGUUCUCUUCUUUCAGCUCUCGUUGUAAUAUCGUCGAAUCUCAAACAACGGAGGAGAAAUCGAAAUCGUUUUUCGCUCAUCGCGAGAUAACAGGAUUCAACUCCCUUAGAAUUAUCCCAUAUUUUACGAGCAUUUUUUCUUGAACUUCUCAGUGUUCCUAUCAAAAACAAAAUCCCUAUCAAAGCUCUUAUCUCUGUUUCGUUAGUUAAUCUAGCGUCUCGAUCCCUGUCAAAUCUAUGUUUUAUGUUCUCAAUGUAUAUGUUUGUUGAACAAACUAGAAAUCGUAUAAUGGCGUCGGACACAAAAAGUUUUAUGCAGUCAAUUGCAAGCAUUGCAUUGCGGGCAUCACCUUUAGAUCCAGGUAAAUGUGUGAUAAUAUUAUGAGCACGCGUUCUCACUUGUACAUUACCACAUUCUUUCCUCCAGUUAGUCGUUUUAUCCUUCCCUAUGUAAAAUUUGCUACCGCCAUUAUCAGUUUGUUCACCGUCGCUCUCUGAUGGACUUUCAUUUACAUCUGAUGAGAAUUCUAUUCCUGAGUCCGUCUCAUGAUCACUUCUUUCCACUAUAUUUUCAUUUUUCUCUUCUUCAUCUUCCUCAUUUUCAUCUAAUGGACUCUCCUCCCCACUUGAUAACUCUUCAUACCAUCAAAGCCAAACAUCUGGAUCCCUACUUCUUUCUACACACCUUCUCUUAGAAUCAGACAUUUUUUUUCUGAAACAAAUUAUAACUAUACCAUUAUUUUGCCAAAAUAAUACAUACACUUGUAAAAAUACAAACUAAAAUCUAUUUUUGACAAAUAAAAAUAUAAUUCUAAGUAGUAAAUGAAAGAAUAUCUCUUACCUAAUUUAUAACAAAUUGUUAUUUAAACAAUGCAACUGCGUGUUUGACGAAUAACGUCGCACUGUUACGCGCGGGGUCUACAAUCGUAGACCAAUCGUAUUCAGACGUGCGUAAGAAUUACCAGCUGACUAUUUCACUGCGACUUGUCUACUGAACGUAUAGACUUGAGUGUCGACCACAGGUAUUCAGCGGCGCGCAUGCGAAAUGACUUAUUUCCCAAAAAUAGCGUCGUUCAAAUAGGCGUGGUCUACAGUCGUAGACCGCGCGACUAACGUAGGGUUAAAUAAAAUUAUGCGAAAAAUCCCAGUAAAUAUUUUUCCCAUCAGAUACGAGGAUACUGCCUGGAUUUUUUGCGCAAUAAAAUGACUUGGGCAUCUUAGAUGUGGCUUUUUUAUUCGUCGUCAAUAUGCAACAAAAACAUUUCAUUAAAUAUUUAUUUCUUGUACUAAUUUUAUAUUAAACUUACGUUACCGAAAUUGAAGUAUUGUAACAUAUCGCUGCCUUAGAGUUAUACUGUUGUAUGUACGUAAAUGUUUGUUUGGAGUUAUGGAAUGUUAUUGUAAUAAUAGAUUAUUAAGUUUAACUUUUUUUCUAUACGAAUUUUGUGAAAAAUAUUAUAGAAAAGUUGUUUGAUUGGUUUGUUUUUGUUUUGUACAAAUCACAUAAAACUUUGUUAGUUUACAAAACGUAUUAAUUUAAAGCAAAAUAUUACAUACAACUUUGUAACACAUUCAGGAUAGGUAGGAUAAAGCAACAUACUAAAUAUACAGAAAUAUGUUGAACUGAGACUUUCGAAGCUUUUAGUAUUUCAUUCAUCAACCUGGUUGUUUGUAGCGGUCUUAUUGAAACGUUUUUCCAAUUUAUUGCGUUACUUUAAACUCUACCUUGGUAAAAGAAUUUGUCAAUUUUAAAGUUUUCACUUUUGAAAAAGGUAUCACUUUAUAAUUAAACGAAGAGGAACAUAAUUUAUAAUCUUAAAAUUCUUCUGAGGGCAUCUGUAUAAUCUUAUAAGGCUUAGCAACAUUAACCUUUAGAAGAAUUCUCGAGUGAGACUGGUGAAAAGUAUUCGAUUGUGCUUAAAAACCUCUCAAUGUAGUAUGGAAUAAAUUUUCUGAACACAUGAAUGACUCGGAGUUUUCAUAGUUUAGUUUGUAUUGAAGGGUCGAUUAGUAAGAAAUAUGGUAUAGCCUAAGAUGUAAGACUAUUUCGAUUUUGUGGCACGCAACUAUCACUCCAAAGUUUUGUUUUCUGCAAAAACCACUUCUGAAAUGUUAAUUUAAGCACUAGCUAUUUCAUUGCCACGUCUACCCAUUAACGAUUCAUUCCACGUAGCACAGUAGACUUGAUUUGUACUCGAUAAUAUUGCCGUUAAAUUAUAAACAUUAAGUUUGCUUUUGUAAUAGAAAUUGCUAAUUUCUGCUUGGGGACACUGCAGAACAUUUUCUAGAUCAAAUACAAAAAAUGGACUAUUUUGGUCUUCUGUCUUUUUCUUUAUCAUUUCUCAUUGCAGUUUUUCCUUUUAAAUGGUUUUCAUAUUCGUUAGCCUUUUCUACACUCAAUAAUAAUAAUAAUAAGCCUUUAUUGCCCCUCAGCUGAUCGCCAGUAACAGAGCAAUUUAUAAAAAUAAAAGUUAGCUUAAAGGUAUUAACUAUAUGUAUAUACAUAUAUACAAAAUGGUAAGUCUUAACUUAGAAAACUUCUGUUAUUCUUUAUCUCAUUAUAAUUGCAACCAAAAAUGUCACAGUCGUUAGCAAUUUUAUUCGCAUUGUUACUCAUCAUAUUAACUGGUGCUUUUGAUAUUAAGUUAGUCUGUGCUCUUUAAUAAAAAAAGGAACACUAGCUUGUGAAGCUAACCGGGGCACCAGAAAUUGCAACUGCGAGAUAAUUUGGGGACAGUCUACUUGACCAUGCAACCAUUUAUAUAAAAUCAGUACAGAAAAUUGAUUCCGUCGCUGCUCUGAAGAUUGAAACUCAAACUUUUGUAAAACGUCUUUGUAAUCGGAACCUCUUGCAGGGACUCCAUCAGUUUUGAAACUGAGAAACUUCAAAAAAUUUUUCUGAAUUUUAUCAACAGCGUCAACAUAUUGUUUAUAAAUAGGGCUACCUAUAGGAGAUCCAUAUUCAAGUUUUGACCUUAUCAGGCUGAAAAAUAAAGAAGAAUGUACAGAUAUUGUCGAAGUUCCUACAGUUUCUGAUUAUGAAGCCACGUAAAUCAUUGACAAAAGGAAUGAACGGUAGGGGUCCUAAGUUAGAGCCUUGAGGAACACCGCUGGUAGAAAUGUAAACAUGCGAAUAGUAUCCAUUGUAAAAAACAUAGUGUUUCCUUUCAGAAAGGUAGGAAGUCAAAAUUGCAAUAUAAGUACUAUUAAAACCUAAGUAUCGUUGCUUACUAAUCAAUAUAUUAUGGUUAACCUUAUCAAAGGCUUUGAAAAAAUCCGUGUAUACCACGUCAAUCUGGCCUCUGUUAUCCAAUCUUUGGCAUAAGUAUUGACUGAACUCCAUUAGAUUGGUUAAAGUUGAGCGUUGCCUCAUAAAACCACGUUGAUGGAUCGAAAUAUGGUCUUUCACGGGCAGAUGUAUUCGGUUAUACAAUAUGAUCUCCAAGAGUUUCGUAAAAUCGUUUAAGAUAGACACUGCUCUAUAAUCAGAAAUUCAGUUAUAAUUCUUUGUUUUUGGAAUUGGGCACACCUUUGCAGCUUUCCAUUUAUCUGGGAAAAGAGAUGUGUUCAAAAUUAAGUUAAACAGAAUCUACAAUAGAAAUACCAAUAUUCUAAUCCUUGACAAAGAAUGAUGGAAUUUGGCCAGGUCCUGCAGUUAGCUUGUCUUUUAGCUUCCGAUUGGCAGCAAACAUUUCAUAAUUUAUUCACAACUAAUAUCUAUUGAAGCAUUAUGAUCAAAAUUUAAGCUAUCAUUGGCAUCAAUAUUAUCCGGUAACAAGUAAACACUAGAGAAAAAAUCGGCAAAAGCAUCAACUGUACCUUGGGGAUCGUUAAUGCACUCAUCAUUGUAGGUCAUAUUGUUAGGUAUUCUAGUUGUGUUGUUUUUACUAUGGACAAAGGCCCAGAAAGAUUUAGGUUCAUCCUUCAAAUGAUCUUGCAUUUAUUGAAAAUAUAUAUCAUACGCCUCUCUAGUUAUAUGUUUAAACACUCCUCGAAGCCUACUGAACUCUUGAUAAUGGGUAAGAAAUCUAGUUUGCUUGAACUUUCUAUGAGCUUUAUCUUUUUGUUUUCAAUUUUAAUAAUUUCGCUUGUAUACCAAGAAGGAUACUUGCGCUUUAAGUUUUUGUACAGCGGAACGUGUGCGUCCAGUACCUCAUUAAGCUUAUUAUAAAAACAAGUGACCGCAUCGCUAGCAUCACUAAUAUUUGUUCGAAUGUUCCAAUCUACAUCCAACAGACUAUUAUAUAAUAAGAUAAAAUUUGCACGUCUGAAAUUGUAACGCUUUUGAUGAUUAUUGAUUGGAAAAUGCUUAUUACUUUUAUACAACAUGUUUACCGAUAUUGAUAAGGAUGGAUGAUACCUAUCUCCAUUAACUAGGGGAUUAUCAUCAUUAGAUACAACACAAUCAAAAUUACUUACUACUAGGUCUAAAAUUCUAUUAUUAUAAUUACGAAUCUCAUUACAUAGUUCAUUGUUUCAUAUUACCAAAAUUAACCCAAUUUACAAUCGAACAGACUUUAGCAUCAUUUAAGUUAUUCUCUACAAAAUUAGGACAAUUGAAAUCACCCAAGAAUAUAACAUGUUUUGAGAAUAACACUUCCCAAGUCUCCAACAUGUCAAAAAAAACUUUCAAACCUUUCAACAGGUAUAUGCGGUGGAAUAUAAAUAACUGCAAAACAAAUAUUAUAAGCAGAUACACACUUCUGCAAACUAAAAAAUCAAUUUCUGGAAAACUUGCAUCAAACUGAGAAGUAUCGAUUCCAACAGAAUUGAGUGAUGAUUCAAUUGGCAAUAAUACACCUCCACCUGUUGUUAAAUUCAGUUCAUUAUAUUUUCUAUCUUUUCGGUGUAUAUCAUAAAUGCGCGGAAACAAUUCGAAUGAGUUCACUUCAUUUUUUAACCAUGUUUCACUUAGAGCAACACUAAACUCACAAUCACUAACCGCUGAGAAUAAUGUAUCUAUCUUGGUCUUGACACCUCUGACAUUUUGGUAAUAAAUAGAUAUAGACACAUUAUCUUCGCUGCUGGGGGGGCUGUAGUUUACCGGAAUAAUCCUGGGUACGUCGUUAGUAAAUUUGAUUCUGCAAUUAGUAUCCCCUGCUUCACACCGUCGUGUUAGAUCAUUUCUGAUACUCCUGAGGUAUUCUAGCUGUCUUUUUGUACGAUCCUGUGAUAUGUUUACAUGCUUAUAGUUAUCAAUUGAUUUCAGUUUUUUAGAAUUUUAAUAGGACUAACCUUUGUGCCAGAGAAUGAACCUAGCCUCAUGGGAUUUAUAUUUUGAAGCCUAAUUUCCGGUGCAACUUUUUGUAAUACAUCAAUAGCCACAGCUUUAUCAUCUUCAAUUUGCUCGUUGAUAGACUUUCUUUGAUCGGGUUCGUCAACGUUAAACAGAAUCACAUUGUUUUUGCGCUUAUCACGCUCGGAGAUCUCAGAAAUAAUGUCCUCCAUAUUAAAAUCGGAAGAAACUGGAUUACUUAGAAUAUUCUCCAUUGUCCUUAAUUUUGCCUUUUUACAGACGUCACACCUAUCUUUUUUUGGAACAUUGAAGUAUAAAUUGUACUCUGUAGAAAAUAUUUUUUUGUAAAAAGACUCUUUUACAGCGUUCUUAUAAGCAGCGGUACAACUUUGAACAUAGAGCCUGUACAUUUGCUUUAUACUGAGGGUAGUAUCUAGGUACUCCCUUUGUGUGUUAGCUCUGCAAUAAUGCGAUCUUGGAGAAAGAUUCCAGUUUCAGUACAACAAAGUUGUAUGUAGCGUUAAUGAAAAAUCGGCUUCGUUACUGCUGUCACAACGUAUGUAUGUAUUUACCACUUUGUAAUUCUGAUAAUAUAAAUUUAAGAAUGUGAGAUAGAACAUUGAAACUAUGUAUCGUCAAAGUCCAAUGUACAUACAUACAACUAUAUAAUGCUGUAAACUAAAAAUCAAGAAAAAUGCGACAUGCAACAGUGUAACUCUAGGGUGACGAUAUACAGGGUGAUAGGUUUAUAAGACUGGUAUGGUUGAAAGCUCAAAAAAUCAUACUACUUGAUGUGAGCAAUAAAUUUUUAGAGUUUUCCUACAUUUAGGGAUAGUUUUGUAUCGCCCUGUAUAAAAGGCCGCAACAUUGCGGAUCGUUAAAUUCAUUCCUGGGAAAUUUUAUACAUAAUAUACAUCCAGUCUAAUGAAUAUGAUUAAAAUUAGUUUUCAUAAAACGUUAUUUAUAUCAUCCAGUGAGAGACUAAAAUGCCUAGUUUUAUUUUACAUAAAAUAACAGUUUUGUUAUUGUAUAGUUUGUUUCUAUUGAAAUAUCUCUAUUGUUUUUAUCGACAGACCUUUGACAUUAUUUGAAUAUUGCUAAAUACUUGUUGGAAAAAAAGUGAGGCUAGACAAUAUUUGUAGUGUCAGACGUCUAUCACUUACACGUUUAAUACUUUUGUGUUAAAAUGAAAAUUAAACAUAGCAAAAAUUGAA